UUAUGAAUUCAAAAUUUGUAUAUUAAUAUUAAAUUUGUUCCAAAAAAGUUCUUCAUAAAAAGGAAAAUUAAUUUUUACAUUUCGAUAUUUUAGUAUAGUUAAUCUUUUUCAAUUAUUCGUGUAUAAUUUACGAGAGAGUUCAGUGUUAGACAUAUAAUAUAUUCCAUAUCAAAAUGGGUACGCGAAACAAAUUAGACUACAUUUUUCUGGCAAUGGUCAUGUUUGCCAUUGUCACAGAUGUACAUGUACAAGCUAAACGUAUAUACAGUUCAAGCAGUGGACGUCGCUCAUCUUCCUCGUCUUCUUCAAAUGUCAGACGAACCUCUUAUAAUAAACCCAGCAGUAGCCAUAGCUACUCGAGUCAUAGUCCCAGUUCUUCGAGUCACUCAAAUCCUUCCCUGUCACAUACAGGCUUAAGUUCAUUGAGCUAUGCUGGUUACAAUCAACAGGCUAACAGACGUCCCGGUAGUACUGGUACAGUGAGCGCCUCACGACCAGCUAGUAGCAGUAAUACUCAUACAUCUGCAGCCAGACCCAGUAAUGCACCUAUAGGCUGGAAUGUUCCACCUAAACAGGGACCACCACCAGCCUAUUCGGCAACGAAUCCUGCAGGAGGUGCUCGAACUAAUGUUAAUGAAAAACCACCAGCUUAUAAUCCUAGUUACUCUGCACCUCCUAGCUAUCAGUCUGCAUCCAACACGGCAAAUAGACCAAUAUCAUCUACGCAUCACAAUACUCAACAAUCAAGCUAUAAUCGUAAUCGCUUUAAUUCCACCGGAGGCAGUUUUGGCAGCGGUGCCUAUCAUACACCCAUAACAGCUACCAAUGCUCAUAAUGUACAAUCAAGUUAUCCUAGACAACAGGUCCCAGCUGGAGCCACAUAUUACCCGUCAUCUUCAUCGUUGCCGGCUGGAGCCACAUAUCACCCGGCUGGACAAUUACCAGCUGGAGCAACUUAUCAUCCUGCUGGUCAUGUACCUGCUGGAGCUACUUAUCAUUCACCCGGACAAUUACCAGCAGGUGCUACAUAUUACCCUUCUUCACCUGUAGGUGGCGGAUACCCAACUGGUGCUACUUACCAUAGCCCUGGUCAUUUGCCAGCGGGUGCUACUUAUUACCCCUCGCCUCCUGUAGCUGCCGCUCCUGCAUAUUACCCUUCACCUGCAGCAUUGCCAGCUGGAGCUACGUUCUUACCUGCUGGAUCAGCUAUACCAGCUGGAGCCACAUUUAUACAACAGCCUCAGAAAUCAUCGUCUGGCUUAGGUUUUGGAAGCGGUUUAAUUGCUGGUGGCUUAGCUGGUGGUCUUUUAGGCCAUGCUUUAACACCUACACAUACCAAAGUCGUGGAGCAUGUUCCCUCUUACAGUGGUGGAGGCGGUGGCUAUAGUGGUGGCGGCGGUGGCGGUGGCAACAGUGCAGAUAAUAAUGAUAGGAUUAUAAUUAUUAAUAAUGGACCUCCUGGCUCUGUAACCACUACUGAUGUUGGAGGAGGUACAACUGUCAUAAACGCAGGAGCUGCACAACCCCAAACUCCCGCCGCAGCUCCCGUACCAAUGAACCCUUCAUAUGCACCACCCCCUCCAGCUGCCGAGCAACCUCAAUUAGCUCCCAUUAAUCCCAAUAAUAUGGAUAAUACAAACACUGCCAAUAUGGCGACUGCAGGUGCUGCUGUAGCUGGCUUAGCAACGGGAGCAGCCGUUACCUCUGCGAUGGCACAAAAUCCAAUAUUACCUCAACCAACCGCACAAGGUCCACUACAAGCUGAGCAACCUAUGACGCCUGGCGCAGCUCCCGCAGAGCAAGCUCCAGGUGGAAUAAUAUGUGUACCGGUCAAGGUACCUGAACCUGAUCCAAAUGAUAGCACCAAAACUAUUGAAGUGGAAAAAAUUGCCUGCUAUCCAGCUCCACCUCCAGAAGUGACAACUCCUGCUCCAACAACGACAUGUGUUCCGGUCAAGGUUCAGGUGCCAGAUCCAAAUGACAGUACCAAAACAAUUGAAGUUGAAAAGAAAGCUUGUUAUUCUGAAGUUCCAACGGAAGCAACAACCUCACAUCCAACAACAGAUUCCAGCACAACAGUAGCUACUACGCCAGUCGCUGCAGAAAAGAUAACUACCUUAGAAGGAGGUGUAGCCUUGGCUCCAUUACAAACCACGACACCUUUAGUAGUACCCGAAGGAUCUGUACCAUUAGCUCCACUAAAUCCAUACGGCCAACCAGAUAUUAUGAAAUUACCCGGCUAUUACAGUAAUAUUCGAUCCUCAGCUUUAAUGGCCGAAUCAUCUGGAAUACAUGUAGCUAGUAGUUCUGGACAUAAUUAUAUUAAUUUUGGUUUGAUUUCCAUACUAUCCGUAUUUUUGGCUUACUAUUGGAAAUAAUUUUUAACAAAACAGUUUUUUAGAGAUUAAUAUUUAUAUAAGUAAAUGAUUUUUAUUUUCUCUUAAAUUAAGUGUAUUUUUAUAACCAUCAGGUGAAAUCAUAUUGUUGAAUUUUUAUUUGCCAAAUUUUAUAAUUUUUAAACAAUUUUAUUUAAAAAUAGUUAACUGUGGAAAAGAUAUUUUUGUAAAAAAUUGUCGUUUAGUAUUUUUGUCAAAUAACUUUUUAUGCAAAUAAAAUUAUUUAGUUUAGUAACAAA